UGCUUUCAUAACAGUUCUAAGCUAACCUCAAAGGUAACCUGUCAUUUCUUAUUAUUGUGACUCAAGUCUCAGUUCCAUAACUGAGUUUUAUAAAUAUAAUUUUUUUAUUUGAAAUCAAAUUUAUUCAGGAAUGGUAUUCAACUCACCCCCGUGUCCAGCAUCUUUGCGGUCCAUUCAACAUUAUCUGAAAACAGCUCAGGAGCACGAUGAAAGAGAUCCAGUUGUCAGCUAUUGGUGUAGGCUAUAUGCUUUACAGACCGCCUUGAAAAUAGACAAGAAGUCUGACGAAGCAAAAUCACUGUUGAUGUGCUUGAUGGACUGGCUGGAGAGCACGAAAAAAUCGUUCAGUGACAAUGAGUUGAUCACAAAUGAAAUGGCCGCUCAAGCCUACAUAGAAAAUUAUUCUCUAAAACUCUUUUUUUGGGCUGAUGGACAGGACAGAGAGGCCGUUUUCAACAAGAACGUCGUGAAAACAUUCUACUCAGCUGGAAUUCUGAUGGAUGUUCUGUCUGUUUUUGGCGAAGUUUCCGAAGAGAUAGUCGCCAACAGAAAGUACGCCAAAUGGAAGGCAGCAUACAUUCACAACUGUUUGAAAAAUGGUGAAACCCCCGUUCCGGGUCCUUUGAAAGACGACGACGAGAGCGAAUCCAGUAAUACCAACGUUCCCGGUCCAAAUUUUGGAUUCCAAGUGGGACCCACAGACUCCCACCCCGAUUUACUACCCCCUCGUGGAGCAGGGGUCAACAACCUCUCGGGUGAUCUACCUCUGCCACCUUCCGGAGGAGGAGGUCUUCCCUCCCUCCCCGACCCCCCUACCACUUACGGCGGUUUCCCCUCUCCACCCUCCGCCUUCCCCCAGUUCCCCAAUAUCCCCGCCGCCCACAACCCCCCGCCAGUGUUCCCCCCAACUUCGGCGCCCGCCAUGCCAGUCACUCCCAGCUCACAGAGUGUUUCUACGCCUUCCUAUCCUAGUUCCAUGGAACCUGCUACGCUGUCAGGAGGCAAACUAUCGCCCGAAAAAAUCACCAAAGCACAAAAGUACUGCAAAUGGGCCGGAAGUGCUUUGAAUUACGAUGACGUCACAGAGGCUGUGAGCAACUUGAGGAAAGCGUUAAGAAUUCUAGAAACAGGAGAAGAUAGCUAGUGAAUCAAAAUGAAUCAAAUUCAUUCGACAUCACCAAUGAGUUUAAUCACCGACUAAAUAAUAUUAGUUUGUAUCUAUUUUGAGUUCAUCUCAUUAAAUAAUAAUGUUAAUUUAUGUAUGACUGAAAAUGCAUGCCUAGAUAAUAUAACAAAUCUAUUAUAACCUAAAGCUUAUGGUAUUAUUUAGUUAUUACAGUUUUU